CGGGCACGCAUGACUGCGUCGAGCCAUGCCGCGGCACGCAUCAAGUUCCGGCAGCACCGGCUGCUUCCUUCGGGCUGCAUGCAGCGCAAGGGCUUCAACGUACAUGUUGUUGGCGGGGACGUUCAUGGAAAGUACUUUGCCUUUUGCUCGACGCUCGCCGUGUACGUGUACGACAUCAAGACGCUCCAACUCUACCGGCUGCUCUCGACCGCAGACAACCUCGCGGGGCUCGCGUGGUGCAUGUCGCAACAGUACGGCCACUGGCUCGCGUCUGUUAGUUUGUCUCGAAAGGUCGUCGUGUACGAUAUCGAGACCGAACAAAUCGUGUACGAUGUCCUGUUGCCACACCCCCCAGUGUCGUUUCAGUGGCAUCCGCUGUCGCUGCAGCUCAUCGUGGCCACAGCCGAUCCAUUGGGAAAGACGUCAUCGGCAUCGACGCUGCUGUGCUGGACGAUCGACCACCCCAACAGGUCGACGGCGCUCAACACCCUUCGGCCCCACAGCACUGUGCUGGCCGGAGGGAGUGCCGUGACAGUAAUUCGUUUCAACACGGCUGGCACGUUGGCCAUCGGGUUGGAGAAUGGCUGCAUCGUCAUCUACAACGAGAAAGACCCUACCCUUCGUGUGUUGGACAAGAAGAAGAUCAAGAAGCAGACCGCCCCGGCGAGCCCCUCUGCCUCGAACGCCAUCAUUGAUUUGCAGUGGGAUGGUCUGUCUACAAUCUACCUCCUCGUGGCCACGCGGGAUGGCCAUUGCGCGCUGUGGGAGGUCACCGACGUCACCGGCGCGCCGCUCCACUCGUUCGACAAGCAAGGCUCUGGAACAUCUGCCAUCUCUUGGCUGCCGUGGGGAUCUGGGCUGUUUGUGACGGCCAACGCCCGCACCGGGAACCUCAAGCUAUGGAACGUGUCUCAGUCGACUCCGCUCGAGCAUCUUCGUGUGCGUCCAUCGGGGGUUGGCAUUCAUGGCAUGGCGUUGCUCCCAGUUACUCAGCAUCUAGUCUGCGCAUCCACCGACGGUUCGAUCGCGCUGUAUCACGUUCCGCGGCGCCAGCUCGCAUGGCAGAGUCAGGCUGGUCACCAGGAAACGAUCUUCGACCUGCGCUUUCAGCCGAUGUCUGCUCACGUUCUGGCAACGUGCGGCCACGACGGCGCCGUGCGUGUAUGGAACACAAGCACGAUGGAGUGCACGCACCACUUGCAGCCACAGGACGUUGGAGGCAUCGCGUACACAUUGGCCUGGUCUCCAUCGGACCCAAAUCGCAUCGCUUCCGGAACGUCCCUCGGCACGGUGUACGUGUGGGACGUGGCGACGUUGGCGCCGACGCUGCGAUGUACGCACCACACGGACGCCAUCUUCUGCGUGUCGUGGCGAGAAUCUAGCAAACACAACCACCGGAGUCCGCGACGAGCCAAGCCGUCCAUGCUAGCUUCGUCGUCCAAGGACAAGUCGAUCGUCAUCUUUCACGACAUUGCGUCGUCGUCCUCUCGGUCACUCGAUACAGACGGCCGCGAACAACCACACGUUGUGCGGCGGUACUUGCUUCCGUGUCCAGCCACCGGGUGUGCUUGGCGGCCAGGGAACACGGGCCUUCUAGCCGUUGGCGGAAACGAUCACUUGGUGCGACUUUUUGACGUGGAUAACCGAGCCGUGGACGCCCCCAUCCGAAUCCUGGCUGCGCAUGACGCCCGCGUGUUUCAAACCGUGUGGUACCCGCACCAGACGACGCACGGAUGGCUCGCCACGAGUUCUGACGACUGCACCGUUCGCGUCUGGACAAUUCCUCAGUCGAGCCCCAGUACGCACGACCCGGAUGCAAAACAAACGACCAGCGAUCAAGACGUCGCGUCGGCCGCCGUCGUGCCGUACAUCACGCUCAAAGGUCACUCGAACUUCGUGCGAGCGCUCGUGUGGAGCACGGCCGCUCCCAACGCCUCCCCUCCCACGACCUCUUUGCGCGACGAUGGGGCCGAGAGAGAAACGUCGAACGCAGAGACGCGGCGACCCACCACUCCUUUGCUCCUCAGCGGGAGCUGGGAUAGCACGAUUCGCAUUUGGGACGUUGAAAAGCGUGAGUGCCGACUCGUGGUGUCGGAUCACCUGGCCGACGUCUACGGCAUCGCGACGCACCCGAAUGCACCGAAUGUAUUUGUGUCGUGCUCGAGGGAUACAACCGUGCGAUUUUGGGGGCUCUCGACGCCCGCGACGCAGCAGCACGUGCUGAAAACGAUGCUGCAAAUGGCGUCCGCAACCACCCCUGCGGAAGUCGCUGAGCUCGCAUCAAUCGUCGCAAAGCAUUCAAGCGCUCGCGGCGUCACCAACCUCAUGUCAUUGCUGAAUGAAAAAACCCGGGCACCGACGGUGACGAGUGCGAGGAGCAGCAGCCCAAACGGAACGCCACUCCAGUUUGCGCUCGCGUCGACUGCGACGAUGGUUGUGCCUGCUGAAGAUCAGUUGCUGGACGUGGCGAUGGAGCACGCAAGGCGUCUCGAAUGUGGCCAUGGGCGGCGAUCCAAACCGACAAAACUCAACCAGGGAGAUGCGCUGCGCCAGGCUGCGACGCAGUAUUUGAAAGCCGGCGCCGUGCACAAGUACUGCCAGUUGCUCGUUGAGGUGGACGACUGGGAAGCAGCACUGGCGAUGGCGCCUGCCGUGUCACUGGCGUAUUGGCGGGAGCUCGCGUCCAAGUACGCCGACGUUUUGCAAGCCAAAGAAGACGAAGCCGCUUUUGCGUACUACCUCGCGACGCAGCAACUCCCGAAAGCCGUCCAAGUGCUUCAAUCGCGCGGGCAGUUCAACGAUGCGUGCGUAGUUGCCAAAGCUCACACAACACUGUCGUGUGCCCCGGCAGCGCAUGAAGAAUCGGUCCUUCCUCCAUCGACGUUGCCUCGGUCGUCCGAUGCUUGUCCCAACGAAAUCCUGAUGGAUUUGGACGCUUCUGAAGGAACACACCAGGACAAGUGCUCCACAGCGACUCCGCCAACGUCAUGCCAUCGAAGCGCCAGCAAAAAGGAAAACGAUAUGACCAUCGCCGCCCGAGAUGUGUCGACGCGCCGGCUCCUUGACACGACGUACACCUGGUUGGCCGAUCUCUACACGAGCCGAGGUGACCCAGUCCUGGCAGCGUGCUGCCAUUUGGCAGUAGCCCACGUCGGUGACGCUAUCGACCGGUUGGUUCGUGGCGAUGAGCUCGAAUUGGCGUGGGUGGUGUGUCGAUGGCACGGGUUGGCGCCAAGCGAUGCGAUCGUGGCUGCGGUCGUGGGUCGGUGUGAAGCCCUCGGGAACGGGGCGCUGGCGCUGGCGUUUGCAAAGGCGUUGUCAUGUCCUCAAAGAGAGAUGGCUCUGUCGUUCGCUCGACUGAAUCGGCCGCCCGAGCUGAGGCAGCUCGCCCACGUCGCUGACCUUCCGGAGCUCGAACGUUCCUUGGCCUUGCAUCUCGCCAACAAUCACGUGGUCGACGCAAUUGAGACGUGCUUGGUGCUGGAUCGGACGGCGCAGGCCGUCGACUUGGCGACGACUCAUCUACGAGCCCACGUGAACAACUCGUCACUGGCUCUCGUGGGGGCCUCCGAGUCGUCGCAAGUUCUGAUGGACAUCACCCACGUGCUUCGGUCCGCGGACCUAUCUCCUCUCGAACCUAGACCACGGGCGGUGGCUCUCGCAUACAUGGCCCUUGCGGGCGCCAUGCGAGCCAUCGACGCGCGGUUCCCGCUCGUUUUGGUCUCGUACUUGCUGCAGGUCGUGCACACCCAAGUGAACAGCUACAACGUGCCGUUUCCGAUCUCAACGACCAAGCUGUUGCUCCUGGAGGCAGAGUACGCCAGUCGCAUCGACGUGACCAAGGCGUCUCUGCUGCUGGCUCAAAUCGCUACGACCGUUGCAAGCGUCGACAAACCUGGCAGUGACAACGACGCGCAGUUGCACGAUUACGUCGCGACGCUGCAGCGACAAGUGCACAGCCAGCCUCGAGAUCUCUGGGUCGACCCAGCAUACACCCAUGGAGCGGUGGUGGUCUCUGGCUCCAAGCUGCCGUCGGCCGGGCAAUCGCGGCACCCGAUCAUCUCGAUCUUGACUGGAGACGUAAUCCAUGGCCCGUUUGUGCGGCUCGAAGACGACGUGUCUGCGCUCACGUUGGAGGAAGCCAUCAUGUGGCAUCGCGUAAACCCGUUCUCACCGUUGUCAACGGGAGACAAGCUGCGCUUCGAUUAGCUAGCUCGACCGGUUCCAACAUGACGACAAAUCUAUUCGACUCGCUCCGCUGCGAACGCUCCUGUACACGAACGCUACCGAGUACAAGCAACCUCCCUCGACCUUUCGAUCGCUUCGUUCGUUGGAGUUGUCCUUCGUCGAGUUGAGUGGCAGGCCACCUGUGCCGACGCUGCGUCAGCAAUCUGUACGGCCGCAUCACUUGGAGUCGAGUUUGUUGCGGCAGUCGUUCGCCAACUUCCACGACUCGACCAAGUCGAUGGCCCGUGGCUCUGGCGAGUCCCUGUCUGCGUCGUCUCGACGAGAUGUCCGGCGGUGGUGGAGGUGGCGGAUGUCCGUCAUGACGAGCGAUGCCGUGUCGGCAUUUUCAUCCAGCACUCCAUUUGCCAUGAGCUGGUGGUGCCGCGACUCCAAGAUGGCCUCCAGCUGUACCAAUGCUUCGUACGAGCGACUGCGCCGCCUUGGUGGCAUCGUCGCGUCAGCAUUGCUAUGGCCGCUGGCUUCUCUGUCGUCACGCAGGGGGGGAGUUAGGGGUGUCGACGGAACGGUAGGGAUCGAUGAAGGCAGUGAUUGGGACGGCGGCUACACAGAUUAUUCGAAUCGUGACAUGGACGGAAGAGUUGCGAGAUGCAACGAGUGCAGGGCCUCUCCGGAAUGAUAUGUUUG